AUGAAUAACAAUUCAGAUUCUUUGCUUCCAUCCUCAUUAAGUAAGGUUGAGUCAAAUUCAAGGCUCACCAUUAAUAUUAAUCAAGCAAAUUUACCCCUUGGGCCAAGCUUGCUCCCUCCCUCAAUAAUACACCCACCAGUUACUGUGGAAAACAAACCGAACACUUGCGAACAGAAGAAUAUUCCCUCAACUCAAAUCGUUGAUAUUCCUCCCCCAAUGCCAUUGCCUUCCAUAUUUUCCUCCUCUUCCAAUCGGCCAAUAGGACAAAUGAGAUCGAGGUAUGUUCUUCCACCUCAGUUAUCUCACAGUCCUGUCCUAACAACAAGUGAGACCUUGCCAACUCCUCCAAUUCCCACUCCUAGCCAACCAGAAACUUCUUUUUCGUCAAUGACUGUUCUUCCCACUCCCUCCUUUUACAAUAUUUCUGAUCAAUCUGAAAGAGUUCAACAGCCAUCCGACACAACGUCCUCUCUCUCUGCAGUAAACGUAACACCAACACUUGCAGCUUUCAAUGCUCCUAAGUCAACUGAAAGUGAGCAACAAUCUACUUCAUCUUUCCCUACCAUGACUGUUCUUCCCACCCCGUCUUAUUUUGACGUAUCUGAAUCAAAUCAACCCAAACAACAGGAAGGAAUAUCUUGUGAUGAGACGUUUCCGCGAUGUGCUUAUGAAGCACCUUCGGCUCAUUGGUUCUACUCGACAAAGAAUGUCAAUCAUGGAAUUAUCUGGUGGCCUUUUAGUCUAUCUGACGCUCAGAAAUUGGAGAAUGCAGCGACAGCUGUCAAUCUACUUUCUGCUACCCAAAUAAGCGCCAACGCUCCGAAUACCGCAGUACCAGUUCGUGGUGGUCUCUAUGAUGUUUUUCUUCGCGAUCGCGUCUACAAACCCUGCUACUGGCCAGCUAAUGAAGAGGAAUCGGGCGAAGUUCGCCGAGUUACAUGGCUUUAUCGGUUAGUUUUUUUCGGCUUUUUUUCUCUUAACUUUUAA